ACGCCGGCCACCGCGGCCCGGCCACGGCCUCCGCCCGGGGAGCAGCGAGCGCCGGCACAGGUCGCUGAUGAAGAUGUUUGAACAAGACUGGCCCCAGAACUGAUCCCUGUGGAACUCCACUGGCCACAGGCCUCCAAUUCAAUUCUGUGCCAUUGAUCACCACCCUCUGGGCUCUGUCAUUCAGCCAACUCUCGAUCCACCUCAAUGACCACACAUCCAAGCCACAUUGUUGGAGCUUUCUGAUGAGGAUGUUAUGGGAGACAGUGUCAUAAGCCUUACUGAAGUCAAGGAUUAAUAUAGCCAAGAACUUGCACAUAAGUAAGUCAAACCUUGAAGAAAAAUAGGAUUAGAGUUUACUGCUACACAUGAGUGAUCAACAGGAAAAAGAAAGAUGUCACGUUAAGAGGCUUUGAAUCCUGUACCAAGUAAACUGAAGUAGCUGCUCCUUCCUCUGAAGUCCGUGGCCACCAGGCCACUGCCGAUGCCAGCCCCCCAGCGAGUGGCAGCCCGCUGCCGGUGGUACCCAGGGUGCUGCACCUGCCCGUGAGUGCUCGAGGGCAUUCUCCUUGUGCCUGCUUCCCAGCGCAGCUCCCAUGGCCUGUGACGAACCCGCCGCUCUCUCGGGCAUCUUCACGCGCCAGAACUCUGCCAGCGCCAUCUCUCUGGACUUCGAGCCUGAUGCCAACUACAAGUUUGUUGAAGCCUUGGAAGAGCGGUACAAGUGUGCCUACUGCCGCCUCGUCCUUCGCAAUCCCCACCAGACAGGAUGCGGGCACCGGUUCUGCCAGCAGUGCAUUCUGUCUCUGAGAGAACUGAAUGCAGUACCCACCUGCCCGGUCGACAAAGAAACAAUAAAAAUGCACGAGGUUUUCAAAGACAACUGCUGUAAAAGAGAAGUUCUCAACUUGCACGUCUUCUGCAAAAACAUCCCUGACUGCAAUUCAAAAAUCAUUCUGGGACGGUACCAGGAGCAUCUUCAGCAGUGUCUGUUUGAAAGCGUGCAGUGCACUAAUGAUGGAUGUUGUGAUCAAAUUCUUCGGAAAGACUUGAAAGAGCAUUUGAGCCAGCACUGUAAAUUUCGAGAAGAAAUGUGUCAGUACUGUAAUAAAUACGUGGUGUUAAUUAACAUAAAGAACCAUGAGAAAAACGACUGCCCUGAUUAUCCUGUGCCUUGCCUCCAAAACUGUUCACAAAUAAUUCUGAAAAAGGAGAUUGAAAAGCACCAUGCAGUAUGUCCUGAGGUGGAAGUGGACUGCCCGUAUAAGCAGUAUGGCUGUCUUGUAAAGCUUAAAAGAGGGAAACUUGCUGACCAUGAAAACAGCGCCCUGAGGGAACAUAUGCUGCAGAUUUUAGACAAGAACUCCCGCUUGGAAGAACAGAUAUCUGACCUGUAUAAGAGCCUGGAAUGUAAAGAGAUUAAAAUCCAGCAGCUAGCAGAGGCCAUUAAAAAGUGUGAGAAGGAGUUCAGGCAGUUUACACAACUGUUUGGUAAAAGUAGCAACUUGAUGGUAAGCACGCAGGCUCUGGCCAGUCACCUGGAUAAGUCUGCACGCCUGGAAUCGCAAGUGAAACAGCUAAUACAGAUGGCAAACCAGCAGCAAAGUAAAUUGGACUUGCGACCCCUGUUUGACACGAUUGAAAAUGUAAAGCAGAAGAUUGCCCUGAUGGAGACAUACGAGCAGCGCUUGGUUGUUUUGGAAGGCCAGUCCAGCAAACAUGAUCUGCAGAUCAACGUUCACAAAGCACAGAUCAAUAAAAACGAAGAACGCUUUAAGCUUUUGGAAGGCACGUGCUACAGUGGGAAACUGAUCUGGAAAAUCACGGACUACAAGAUGAAGAAGAAAGAAGCGGUGGAAGGCCGUGUGCUGUCCAUAUUCAGCCAGCCCUUCUACACCAGCCGCUGCGGCUACAGGCUGUGCGCCAGGGCCUACCUGAACGGCGACGGCUCGGGGAAGGGAACGCACAUCUCUCUCUACUUCGUUGUGAUGAGAGGGGAGUUUGACUCACUGUUACUGUGGCCUUUCAAGCAGAAAGUUACGCUCAUGCUUUUGGACCAAAGUGGGAAAAAAAAUCACAUUGUGGAAGUCUUUAGAGCUGACCCCAACAGCAGCAGCUUCAAAAGGCCAGACGGAGAAAUGAAUAUCGCCUCUGGGUGCCCACGCUUUGUGCCGCACACAGUCCUGGAGAACACCAAGAACACCUACAUCAGAGAUGACACCCUCUUUUUGAAAGUGGUGGUGGAUUUAACCGACCUGGAGGAGCUGUGAAAAGCCUGCCCAAUCAAUGUGACUGCUUUAACCGCUACGAAAUGCUUUCUUGGCGACUGCCAGCCAUGCAAUAGUGAAUAGCCACUAGUAAAGCUACUGAUCAUGUUUCAAGGCUUUAGGACCAACAGAUAAUGAAUUGCCAAAGUGUCAGCCUUUCCUUUUUUAACCUUUUCUUUUUUUCCCCCAAGACUGCGUUUUUAAAGCAGGCCUAAGUCCAGCUGGAUGCGAACAUGCAUUCCAUCCAGGCUUAGCUCAGCCCAGGCUGGAGGGAACACUUGGCUCCCAUCAUCAGAAGCUCCCCCAGGAAGCCCACUGGAGCCUAUGGGUUCCAGGCCUGUGCACACAGCUGAAGCCAGGCCCAAGUGUGCAAGUGCAUUUCAUCAGCCUGAAGCAGCAGCACUGCAAUGGCAGUGUGUUUGAAGGAAUGUAUCUUGAUCCUUCCACCUCCUGGAUUUUUGAAGUGGGGAGAAUGGCUUCGGGCAGGCAGGGUAAACAUUUGCCUGGGAUCUUGUACCUUUAUCUUGUUUCGUUUUAAUUGUUUGUUUUUUCCAGAGAGCCUGGAGGAAGAUGCUGAUGCCUCUUAUUUUUCUAGCCUGGUAUUCCAGCUGUACAGAACACCCCCAGGUCACAAUAGCUUUCUUGUGUCUUUUCCAUUCCUGCCUAGUGCCUUAGAACUGAUUUACAUUGGUGGUAAACAUCUGCAGUCCCUAUCUGAAGUCAAAAGAAGCCAUAGGUACUUCUCACCUCUCAAGACAGGGCCAGAAGUGGGGUGCUGGGUCAGCCUGCCAGCUCUUGAAUGUGGUGAGCUGAAGAGGGGCAAAACUCCUGUACGUUUGUUCCCGCAUGUGCACAAAAGAGAUGUUUUCUGGCCUACCAGCUCUACGGAAGGUGGGAAGAGCUUUGGAUAUCUGCCUGAGCAAAACCCAUGUAACGUGCGCUGUUCCCAUCCACCAGAAGUGGGGAUGUUUGGGAAGGGAGGAGGAAAAUAGACUAGGGAGUGAGGUUUCCAUAAGAACCCAGUUCUCACAGGUAGUGCAGCUCAAGCAUCUGUUAAAAGGCAAGGCAGCUGCUCAGUAACGACUGCUGACUAUGAGGUACGCCUGAAGAUCUGAAUUUGUAUUGCAAGUUCCCUCCAAGGGAAUGUGUGCAUCACGCAGGGUUUACUGGAGAUGCACUAAAACCACCAAGAUCAGGCACUGAGGAGCAAGUGACAAAGAACACACGUGCCUUUUAAAAGCCUUUUGUGUGCCUGUAAGAGGGAUGUAAUUUUGCACACUCCAUCAUUUUGUUCUUACAGGUGACAGAAUUUUGUGUCUGUCUUAUCUCAGGUAGUGAAACACCACAAUGUUAUCCAUUGCUCCUGUGGUCCACUGGCAGAGCAAACCUGAGCUUAUCAAGAACCAGCAAGAAACUGAGCUGGGUUUAGACUAAGAGUAAACUAGGCAGGAAGGAUAAAAAUCAAAAUGGGACACAGACUGCAUGGUAUAAGGUAGAAAAUUCAAGAGGGUAAACGUGUCAAAACCAAAAAUGCUUUUUCUGUGCAGGAUGUUGAUAUCAACUGAAACAAUACAAUUUGGGGACCAAGAUGAAGGCAAAAUACUGUAUUUUGUAUCUAUUAACUCAUUGCGAGGCAUUUACUUUCCCACAGGGUUUCUAGGGCAUAAUUCAGACACAAACAUUUUCAAAUGCAGGGGCAGGAGGGAAGAGACCUUAGUUAUCUGUUACCUUAUGGUGAGUUAGCACAUCUGAAAUAGUCAUUUUGAUCUAGAUGUUCUGAAAUAGUCAUUGUGAUCUAGAUGUCUUUUUUCUUAUACAAUAUUGGGACGUACUGGGCCACUGUAGGGACUUUCCAUGUUCCCUGGGACAGACGGUGAGGGACAGAUUUUAUUCUUUUGUACAGCCACAAAGAGCGAGUUAGGCCUCGUGUCCCUAACACUUUGUUACAGAAAGAGCAAGCUUGGUUUGAAAAUGGUGUGGCGUUCUAGGACAUCAAUCCCGAGCCUCAGACGUGGACUUCAUGUCGAUUAUUACUUUAAUAUUUAUCAUGUAACCUUCAAAGUGGCACAACCACUCAUAACUGACAGAGACAUACCACCUGAGUUAGCAGGUGGAGUGUAAAACAAAGAAAAAGUGAUAAAGAACUUGGACAGCCGAGGGAAGCAAGAGGGAAAGGAGGUGGUCUGUGUCUUGGCACAUUCCCAUCCUUCUCUGCUUCCACCACCCCAGGCGUAAAAUGGGGAUAAUAAUACUUGCAGAAGCGUUAGGGCCAUUGAAAUCGUUGUGAAGAGUUUUGAGCAUGAAAAGAGCUAAGUAUUAAUAAAACUCCAUUUCUAAAUGUUAGAGUAGGUGACGUAGUUAAGUGUUUAGUGUGUUCCUGGGCAGAUUUUGAAAGCAUGUUUGGUUUUAGCCAGUCCGCACUGCAAUCUCUCCCCUCCCCUACCUAGCUGGGUUCACGUUUUUGCCACGAAUAUUCCUUUUACAAUUUUGAAGCACAAACAGUUCAUCCUGGGUGAUGGAAACAUGCCUUUUGAAAUAUUGCCUGUUUUAUAAGGAAUUAGUUGAUAAAAUUAAUUUUUUUUAAAGACAGCCUUCUUUAAAUUGUUGGGUUGGUUUUUCUUCUUACAACAGCUGAGUGAUUGACGUUACAUUUUCAGUGAUUUUUACUACUUGUAAACCAAGAUUUAAAAUAUCCCAUUCCUAACAAAGAAAAAAGAUGUUGUGUAGCAUGAAUUGUUGGGAACAAUUUUGAUGUUGCAUGAAAAACACCAAAAAUCUUUUAAAUAAUAUUGUACUGGGCAAGUAACCAAAAAGAGCGUAGGGUAUUUCUACAUCAGCAGACAGAAUGGUUUUAAUGUAUUUAUUGAUAGUUUAUAGUUGUUUGAAUCUCUUACUACAA